AUGCGCUUCCCGCGCAAGGCAGCACGAGCACUGCGCUACGUCGUCAUCGCCGCCGCCGUCGCCGCCCUGUGCUGGUCCCGCGCCUGCAGCCCCAUCUCGCUCCGCCUCGACUCGAGCACCGCGUCGCCCAGGCUCGCACCGCCGCCAGUCGACUACGCGUGGGGCUCGAUCCUCCACCGCUACCAGAACCACCCGCGACCCGCCCGAGCCAGGCGCCAACUGCCAUGGCCCUCGCCCGCCGACCCCGACUCGCCGCGAGCGCAACCACGGCGACACCAAGGCGAGCCGGCGCGCGCACGAGCUCCGCCGAGGGUCCUUAUCGUCACGUCCGAGCUGUCGGGCCUGCACAAGAACGGCGGCAUCGGCACCGCCUUCCGCGAGCUCGCCCACGCCCUCGCCGACGCCGACCUCGAGACGAGCAUCCUCGUCGCCCACCUCGCCGACACGUUCCCGCACAAGAAGCGCGACGCCCUCACCGCCGAGCUCGCCGACAAGCGCAUCCGCCUCCUGUUCGUCGACAAGGAGCCGCAGCCGUUCUGGCCCCAGGCCUGGACGCCCGUCGCCUCGAUGCGAGUCUGGCGGUACCUGCGCGCGCACGACGGCGAGUGGGACGUCGUCCACUUCCCCGACAACACCGGCAUCGGCUACUUCUCGGCGCUCGCCAAGCACGAGGGCCUCGCGCUCGUCGACAGCCGCAUCGUCGUCGGCCUGCACGGCGCAGACGUCGAGUGGGCCGCCAUGCUCAACAAGCGGUACCCGGUCGACAAGUACGCUGUCGAGCUCGGCGUCUUUGAGCGCCGCACGGCCGAGUGGGCCGACGCCGUCGUCGCGCCGAGCGACUACAUGCUCGAGUACGUGCGCCAACGAGGGUGGGCCGUCCCGCACGACUCGUUCGUCAUCCCGAACGUCGUCCAGGUCCCUGCCCUGUCGAACGGCGACCGCUCCAGCGCCGUGUCGGCGAGCGGCGCGGUCGGGCCCGUCACCGAGCUCGUCUUCUUCGGCCGGCUCGAGGAGCGCAAGGGGACCCGCCUCCUCAUCGCCGCCCUCGAGAACCUGUACUCGCUCGACCCGGUCCCGCCCGCACUCGCCGCCGUCCGCCACAUCACGUUCCUCGGCCGCGACCAGCAGGACCUCAAGACGCGCAGCGAGGCGAGCUGGCUCCUCGCCGGCGCGCUCGACGCCAUCAAGCAGUACACGAACGCGACGUUCUCGCACCAGUUCCUCAGCACGAUGGACCGCGACGAGGCGCUCGCGUACCUGCAGAACUCGUCGCGCCUCGCCGUCCUCCCCUCGCUCGCCGACAACUCGCCGAGCACCGUCCUCGAGUGCAUCGCGCACGGCGUGCGCUUCAUCUCGAGCAGCAUCGGCGGCAUCCCCGAGCUCAUCCACCCGGCCGACCGCGACCAGGUCGUGUUCGCGCCGCUCGUCAAGGCCUUCUCGGCCAAGCUCCGCGAGACGCUCGAGCGGCUCGAGACGGCACCGUGGACGUCGGUGCGGCCCGCGCCCGAGACGCAGACGGCGGCGAGCGACUGGGUCGCCUUCCACCACUGGAUCGUCGAUCGCCCGGCCGAGGUCGGCCCGAGCGCCUCGUCGUUGGACCUCGUGUCGGCCGCCGACCCUCUCGAGCCGCUCGUCACCAUCUGCGUCACGCACUACGAGCGGCCGCACCUCCUCCCCCAGCUCCUCGACUCGCUCGUCCACCAGACGUUCGCCCAGUUCGAGGUCGUCCUCGUCGACGACGGCUCGACCUCGCCCGAGACGCUCGCCGCCCUCACCGACCUCACGUCUCGGUACAUCGCCAACUCGACCCUCCUCGCCGGCCGUCCGUCAUGGUCCUUCCGCCAGAUCGCCAACUCGUACCUCGGCGAGGCGCGCAACGUCGCCGCGUCGUCGGCCCGCGGCCGAUGGCUCCUCUUCCUCGACGACGACGACGUCCUCAAGCCGCACGCGCUCGCGACGCUCCUGUCGGUCGCACAGCGCACGGGCGCACGGGCCCUCUCGACCUGGCUCGACGAGUUCGCGAGCGACGCCGACCCGCUCGCGCCCCGGCCCGAGGGCGUCGACCUGCCGCACCGUCGCACCUACUGGUUCCUCGGCCAGGAGCUGAGCGCGGGCCUCCUGUCGAACGCGUACGGCAGCGGCAACGUGUUCGUCGCGCGUGAGACGUUCGACCGCGUCGGCGGCUUCUCGACCUACCGCGAGGUCGGCGGCGAGGACUGGGAGUUCUACACGCGGCUCGCGCUCGAGGAGGGCGAGAAGCACCUCGUCGUGCCCGAGGAGCUCAUCUUUGCGAGGAGCGACCCGGCGAGGGCGAGCAUGAAAUGGACGAUGGACCCGUGGGACGCACACUUCCACGCGACCGUCCCGAUCCUCAACGACCCUCGGAUCCAGUCGCUCAACCUCGCGCCGGCCGUCCAGUUCCUCAAGAGCAUCGUCACGCGCGAGCAUCUCGUCCCGCCAUUCGCCGACUCGCGCCGCGACUUUCAGCUCAGCCAGGGCUGGGGCGGGUGGACCUACUCGUUCGAGCCGGCCGGGCCGUCCGAGGAGCUCCUCCUGUCGCCCGAGCGCCACGGCAUCGUCGACGACUCGUCGUUCAUCAUGGACCGCGAGCACCCUCGCCGCCCGUUCAUCGACGACGCCAACCAGCUCCCGUUCGUGACGCCCGAGGGCACCGGCGUCGCGGCGGUGCGCACGUUCCGCUCGCCCAAGGCGAUGCACGUCGCCGUGGAGGCGUCGUACCGGUCGUUCCACGAGUGCGGCGACGGGACCCGCCUGUCGCUCGUCCUCGUGCGCAGCCGCGGCGAGGUGCCCGAGGUCCUGCACGAGUGGCAGACGAUGGACGACGGCUUUGCCGAGUUUGCCGGCGAGACGUCGCUCCGAGUCGGCUCGACCUUGUCGCUCGUCAGCGACCCGCUCGAGUCGGACGAGUGCGACCGAGUCGAGGUCACCCUGCGCCUGACGCCCGUCUCGCCCGAGAAGAUGGGCUGGUCGGGCCUCGCUCGCGCCGCCAUGUGGAAGCAGGCCGAGGCGCGCAAGGCGGCCGAGCAUGCCGCCGUCGCCAAGCGCGCCAACGACUCGUUCCCGCUCUUGCCCGACGGCGAGCUGCACUACACGCCGUCCGAGCCGGUCCAGCAGGCGGCGACGACCGACGACAAGGUGUUCAACGUGGCCCUCAUCUUUGACCGCCACCGCCUCGAGCACGUCCAGUCGGUCAUGCGGUCCGUGCGGCACUUUACGACCUCGCGCGACCUCGUCUUUCACCUCGUCGCGCCUCCCGAGCUCCACCACACGCUCGAGAAGGAGUUCAACGGCGCCGGCACGACGGUGCGCACCUACGACCACGCCCUGUGCGGCUUUGUCGUUCGCAAGGUCCUCGCCUUCUCGAACCCGGACAUCCACACGUCGGCGCACUGCAAGAUGUUCCUCACCGAGAUCAUCACCAUCGCCGAGCGCGUCCUGUACCUCGACACGGACGUCACGGUCGUGUCGGACCUCGCCGCGUGCUACGGCGAGCCCGUCGCUCGACCCGGCGCGCUCGUCUCGAUGGGCGUCGACAUGGGCGACGUGUGCCAGCGCACGCCCGACCUGUGUUGGCCGAUCGGCCUGCACAUGCGCGUCCCGCCCGGGCUCGUGUGCGGCAACGUGCCCUCGCGCGCCGUCGCCGGCGUCGAGCCGGCGUCGUGCGCCCACGAGGGCGAGCUCGAGACGGUCCAGGUCAACGGCGGCGUCGCCCUGUUCGAGCUCGCCAAGAUGCGCGAGGUCGGGUUCGUCGAGCGCUACGUCCAGUCGGUCGUGCACCACUACCGCAUGAUGGGCAACGUCGUCGCCAAGUGGGGCGAGCAGGACUUUGUCAACUCGUACUUUCGCCUCCACCCGGAUGAGCUCGAGCUCCUGCCGUGCGGGUGCAACUACCAGUGGUUCGGCGCACGGCGCGAGGUCAUGUGCGGCGCUCAACCCGUCGCCAUCGCCCAUCACUGGUCGCACGGCAUCGCGGCGAGGAACAAGGAGCCGUACAACGUCCUCUUUCACCACUUCCUCGACGCCGAGCCCGACGCAGUCGUUCCUCCCGUGCCCGACCUGUCGUACUCGGCCCCGGGCGCGCCCAACUCGUCGUCGAUCGAGAUCGAGCACUCGCUCGACUGCCCUCGGCAGACCCACUCGUGCACGACGCAGCGAGUCGGGACCGAGUACGGCCAGAACGUCAUCGUCCUGUCGCGCAUCCUCACCGAGACGUUCGCGGCCGACCAGGUCGACUCGCUCGAGGCGCAGAUGUACCCGGCCCUGUCGCAGGCCAUCGCCUACCGUGCCGGCGAGGUCGACGUCCCAUCGCCGUCGUUCCAGCGAGACGAGCUCGCCCUGCUCGCCGACCCGGCCGACGAGUACGGCGCCCUGUGCGCCAAGUGCGGGUCGCUCGCCGCUCGAGGCGAGGCCUGCUCGUCACCGCCGACCGGCGCGAUCGAGCGUCGGGCCUACUUUGACUGCGUCUGCGCCCUGCCCGACCGCAACGCGCUCGUCGUGCGCGACCUCGAGGCGUUCGCGCGAGACGACGGCGGCUGGGUCACCUACCUUGACGACUCGGCCCUGUUUGUCGCUCCCGAGUCGCUCUCGCUCCUCAUGGCCGAGGUCGACGCGCGAGACCAGCUCGUCCUGUUUCGGUCCAACACGAGCUCGCGCGAGCAGGAGCGCACGUUCCGCCACAAGAUCCUCCCGCGGUCGCCUCUCGACGGCGUCGGGUUCCUCUUCCACUCGUCGCACCUCGACCUGUCGACCUGGAGCAGCGACACGCGGUGCGGCAAGUGGGCGACCUUGACUCGCCUCGCGACCCGUCUGCGCCUCAAGUGGCUCGACCUCGUCCCGACGAUGGAGCACCCGCUCCAGCGCCAUCUUCCUGCGACGCCCGCCGCCGAGUUCAAGCUCUCGGUCAUCGUCCUCGAGACGCAGGGCCGCAUCGCCUGGGCGCCCACGGUGCUCGACGUCGUCCAGUCGCCCGAGCUCGAGCCUCUCGUCGGCGAGGUGGUCGUUGCGAGCGUCGACAGCCCCGAGGGCGUGUACGGCGACGACGUACCGGUCGUCAAGCCGCCGAUCGGGUCCGGCAUGUCGCAGCUCGCGUCGGUCGUCAAGGGCGAGCGCGUCUUGAUCCUGAGCGACAGCGUUCUCCUCGACAAGCCGGCCAUUACCGCCCUCCUCACCUUCCACCUCGACCACCCAACUCGGCUCCUCGGCAUGUUCACCGAGACGGACGACGGGCCCGAGGGCGGCGAGUUCUCGGCACCUCUCGACACGUCGCCCGACACGUUCGACUCUUUCUCCGAGCCGGACGCGCUCGUCGGCGUCGCCUCGUGGCACCACCUCCGCCCUCGCGUGCUCCUCACCCCGCGCUCGCACCUCGACGAGCUCGCCUCGCUCCUCUCGUCCCUCCCCGCCGACGCUCCGCCCGUCCACCCGAUGUGCCACCCCGUCCUCCUGUCGGCUCUUGCGGCGCGAGCGUCGGGCCAUGCGCCGCUGCGCGUCCUGCCGCCGAGGCGGAGCGUCGUCGACCGGGUCCACGACUGCCGGGUGCGCAACUGGGCCGACGUCGACUACGGCCGCACGGCGGGAGACUGGGCGGUGCCGGUCGAGCACGUCGAGGACGAGAGCGACGCCGAGGGGUUCGAGGGCCUCGCCGGCGGCGACGAGGCGCUUGACGAUGAUGAGGACGAUGGCGACGAGGUCGAGCUGGACGGAGCGGCGGCGGCGGACGAGGGCGAGGACGAGGAGGUGCAGUCGAGGCUGCGGAAGCGCGAUGCGGUACUUGACGGCGAGGUCGGGGCGGUUGACGGCGACGAGGGUGAGGUGGACGAGGCCGACUUCCCGAUCCCGCCCUCGCUCGACGAGUGCCACGCAGUCGUUCGCGAGCUGCUCGGCGACGACGCCGACAAGUGGCUCGUGUCGGGCUCGCAGGUGGGUGUGGCUGGACCCCUCGGCGUGCGAGUCGGGCUCGAGGACGCAGCGACGAUUGACGACGAGCGGUGGAGGGCCGCGAGGAGGUCCGAGCGGUGCCUCAGGGUCUGA